CCGUCAGCCAUCUCGAGGACCGGCGACUUCUCUCACCUCCCGCUUGCAAACCAGCGCAUCGCCGAGCACCGCUGCUUGUGCUGUGUAUCUGUCGCCCCCCGAUGCUCUCGUCAAUCUUCUGGCUGAGCGCCUUACUGGCGUUCUCUGCCAUCGACGUCCAUGCCCAGACAUGCGUCAACAACCCCGAUGGGCUCUGUGGAUAUACCGAGCCCACCACCAACUCAUGGCUCGUUGGGCAGCUGGAUACUUCGAAAGAGAACAUGAUCCUGACGCUCUGCGCCAACUUUGCCGGGUGGGCUGCCUUUGGUGUUGGCACCAUGAUGCAGGGCUCCGACAUCUACAUCGGCUGGAAGAACAGCACCGGCGGUAUCAAUGUCCAAGAGUUCACUUCCGCCAGCCACGCCAUCAACAGCGCCAAUCCAGUCAGCUUCAGCGUCGUGCCGAAGCCUGCGUCGUGCCCCUCCUCAGGGUCUUACUCGGUCGUCUUUGCCAUCUCUCGGCCUCUCCGUGCACCCACAGGCGCCUCCAGCGGCGCCCUUUCCAGCACUGCCGGUACAACUUUUAUUUUUGCGGGAAACACCGGAACUCCACCCGAGGACUCUGGCAGCAACAUUGGCCGCCAUACGGUUCACGGCGGCGUGGGCAUCUCGAUGAAUUUUAUCAGCAACCCGUCCUAUGCGGGAACCGUCGCUCAACCUCCUCCCAGUUCCAACAGUACCAACGGCCCCGCCCCAGCACCGCCUGCCCCCAUGAGCUCGGAGCUGCUAUUCCCGCUGUUGCACGGCAUCAUGAUGUUUGCUGCCUGGGGAGUUGUUCCAUUCGUCGGCAUUUUCAUCGCUCGCUUCAUGAAGGACAAGCUGGGCCAUUGGUGGUACCGCCUCCAUCUGGGUCUUAUGAUCGGUGUGACCGGCGGAUUCACUCUCCUGGCUGCUGGCUUGAUGUUGUCACUCGAUGGAUUCCAAGUCGAUUUCACCAGCAAUACCCUCCAUAAGGGCGCCGGUGUCUCCAUGAUUGGAUUGAUGCUUCUGCAAUUCGUCCUUGGCUUUGUUUCUAACCACCUAUGGAGCGCGGACCGACCGUCGGUACCGUGGUGGGACAAACUGCACUGGUGGCUGGGUCGCACCCUCGUCUUGAUGGGCGUUAUUACCAUGUUCCUGGGGCUCCAGGCCUAUGGCGGCGUCCCGAUGACAUACAUAUUUGGAUUCUGGUUCAUUCUCGGCUUCCUCGCUCUCGUGCUCGUCAUCGGCGAGUUUACGAUUGGUCAAAUCAAUCAUGUUGCUGGACACGGUGGCUCUCCUGGCUCCUCCGAGAAGGCCUUUGGCACCGCUUCCCGCUCCGACACGUCUGACAAGCACAGCACAUCGACGGCAUCGCGGGAUCGCAAGAAUGAUUACUACAGCAUGACUUUCUCCAUGUAUCAAAAGCCCUCGUCAAGCCCUAGCACCAGCACCUCAAGUCCUGGUCCGAAAUAUGCCACUCGACAGUCGUCCGCCCCACGUAAAGUGCCGACCAACGAGCGUGGACCGCCUCCUAAGAUGGCAACCCGGAGCGAGUCAACCCGCUCCGUCGUGCGUCCCACCCCUCAACGUCAGGACUCUGGCCCUCGCCGCAAUAACCACGAAAGUGUGGCGCCUCGGCCUCGGGGACGAGACGAAGGACGGCGGGAUGAAGGACGGCGGGACGAAGGACGUCGGGAAAAUGAUGGCGGCGGUCGCAGCAACGCAUCUGGCCGCCAACCAUCCAGGCCACGGCAAGCUGAGCAGGCUCGAAACUUCAAUUCAAUCUACUCGACGUACCAGAAGUGAGAGCGUGAGCGCCGCAAACGCACUUGCUCCUCAACUCCCCUGCCUAUUUCGGAAGCUGUCAUGGGUUGUUCUUCAUGAUGGUUACUCAGCCGGAGCUUCACUCCAAGGCAUACCCCUCCCACUUAUACAUGUUCGCCUGAGCAGCGAUGAGUUUCCCACCGCAAAACAAUUUGGCAUCAGUGCCACGUGCCUGACGACCUGUAUCUGGAUAAU